CCGGAUUUGGUUCUUCGUUUUAUCGGAUGUUUCGCAAGCAUGGCAAGGGGAGAGUGACUAAAAUUGAGAACAAGUGGUCUGUGAAGAAGUUAGUGAAGAUUUUAUCGUGAUUUUGAGUGUGGAAAGUUUUGUUCUCAUAUGGUUUACCUUAUGCAUAUGUAAACAAGGCUCACAUAUGCAAUGGACUACGAGGAUCCAUAUGAGAGCCUUCCACCAACUUCCACACCGACGACGCAUAUGUUAGCGGGAUCGGCGGCUGGAGUCCUAGAGCACAGUGUUAUGUACCCCGUGGACUGUGUGAAGACACGUAUGCAAUCUCUGGUACCUGAUCCAAAGGCUGACUACCGCAGUGUACUCGAUGCAUUUAACACCAUCAUCCGCCAUGAGGGGAUGCUGAGGACGAUGAAGGGGGCCCCCAUCGUUGUACUGGGGGCUGGACCGGCACAUGCUUUCUACUUUGCGUGCUACGAGUUUCUGAAGAAGAAUCUGAGCGGGGGUAAACAGGGCAACCAUUUAGCUCACGGUUUAGCAGGUUCAGUAGCCACUCUACUUCAUGAUUCUGUGAUGGUUCCUGUUGAUGUGGUGAAGCAGAGAAUGCAGAUGUUUAAUAGCCCAUAUACAACCUGCAGAAUGUGUGCAAGGACCAUUCUGAAACAAGAGGGCAUGUUCGCUUUCUACAGGAGCUAUACCACACAACUGACUAUGAAUAUUCCGUUUCAAAGCGUUCACUUUAUGACUUACGAGUUCAUGCAAGACUGGCUGAACCAGGGCAGGAAUUACAACCCAGUGACUCACGUGGUGUCUGGUGGUGCUGCAGGAGCUGUGGCAGCCACAGUGACGAUGCCGUUAGAUGUCUGUAAAACGCUCCUCAACACUCAGGAGAGAUGCACGAGGACUCACGCAUCUUACAUCAAUGGCAUGGUGUCAGCGUUUCGAACAGUUUAUGAGUUCCAAGGCAUUCGCGGGUUUUUCAAGGGGCUCACAGCACGAGUGAUAUUUCAGAUGCCUGCCACGGCGAUAUCGUGGUCGGUGUAUGAGGGCUUCAAGUACAUUAUUACCAAAAAGCAGUCUGUGGAAGACGCCCUGCCAAAACGACUCUCUAUUGGAUCGGCGGCUUCUGCUUCCUCACAUACAAAAUAAGAUUUUACUUCUUUUUUUUUAAGCUUUUAGGCCUGAAACUUAAGGUUAAAGAUUGAUAAGUUCAAAACCUUUAUGUUGUCUUUUUGAUUUUAAUUUUUUUUUUACCACUGACUAAAAAAACAAAGCCUUAAAAAAUAGCUUGUUAUAUACCUUGAGCUUCAAAGAAGUUUAUCAAAAUGCAUCUUGCAGAUAGGAUCAUAUAAAGUUUAAUUAGUAAAAUUGAAUUUCCAAGAAUCCUUUUCAAAAUCAAGGAUUAUGCUUUUAAAAGAAUUAGUAAAUAUCAGCCAAAAAAAGAAGAAAGAAAUGAUGUUUGAUACAUAGUGAAAUUUCCAAGUUCUCAUCUGCAAACCCAUUUUGUGUGCCAAUCCAGCGAUAAGUUUGGAAGAAUUGAACAUAGUCCCCUCCAUUGUUGGAAACCCAUGGCAAUGAUGCUUCUUGUUUUCUUCAACAGGAAGUGUUGGUUGACAUGGAUUUCCAGCAGUGUGUCCCUUCUGCAUUUUAUCAUGUUACACCAUUGCAUGGUGUUGCAUGUUUAAAUUCAUCAGCUUAACAUCCCCCCCCCCCCCCACAUCCAACCCCUCCC